UUUUACCUGAAUUCCCGGGUCCUCGCCGUAUUGCGUACCUAAUCCUUACCGUACACAGAGUAGGUUCCAGCUUCUUAAAAUGCUCUCCUCCUUCCCCAACAUCGACCAAAAGAAAUAAGUUGCAUCGUCAUUUUCGACUCUUGGUAGUCAGCCAAUUUCACCAUGGCCUUCAACGCAGAACACCUACAGGUUUGGCUAGGGUUAUUAGUUGCUUUAGGCGUCCUCUACACAACAUGUCUCGCCGUCUACCGCCUCUUUUUCCACCCUCUGGCAAAAUACCCAGGCCCCCUCCUGGCCAAACUCACCGAUGCAUAUAUGCUCUACUACGCUUGGAGGGGUGACCGCCACUUGGAGUUUUGGCGCAUGCACGAACGAUACGGCAAGUUUGUGCGCUUCGGGCCGAACUCACUCUCAGUCAACUCCAACACGGCUCUUAAGGAGAUCUACGGCUUCCGCGCCAACGUGCGCAAGGCCGAGUUCUACGACGCCUUCGUGCACCCGGCCCCCAACACUCACAACGCCCGGGAUAAGGACCUGCACGCUCGCAAGCGCCGCGUUCUCUCACACGCCUUCUCCGACGGUGCCAUCAAGGAAGUCGAGCGGUACAUCUUGGCCAACAUCCGGACCUUCUGCGAGGGCGUAGGCGACUAUGGGCGCGCCAUCCACGAGAACAAGGGGUGGAGCUCGCCCAAGAACAUGUCGGACUGGUGUAACUGGCUCGCCAUGGACAUCCUGGGUGAUCUAUGCUUCGGAAAGGCUUUCCACAUGCUCGACCGCCCGGACAACCGAUACGCCGUCGACCUGGUCGGCAUCGCGGCGCAGCGGCAUCUUCUGUGCGGCACCAUGCCCAUCAUCAACAAGCUCAGCCUCGACAAGGUCCUCUUCCACAAGAUCGCAGCCGGCCGCGCCAAGUACAUGGCCUACAGCCGCCAGCAGCUCACGGAGCGCACCGCUCUCGGUGACGAGACCGACCGGCGCGACUUCUUCUACCACCUGCUCAAGGCGCGCGACCCCGAAACCGGCCAGGGGUUCAGCACACCCGAACUCUGGGGCGAGUCCAACCUCCUCAUCAUCGCCGGCUCAGACACGACCUCCACCGCCAUGGCCGCAACCCUCUUCUACCUAGUCCGGCACCCAGCCGCCCUCGCGCGCGCCACCGCCGAGGUACGCGCCGCCUUCACCACUCUCGAGGACGUCCACCAAGGCCCCCGCCUCAACGCCUGCACCUACCUGCGCGCCUGCGUCGACGAGGCCAUGCGGCUCUCCCCCUCCGUCGGCGGCCUCCUCCCGCGCGAGGUCCUCCCCGGCGGCUUCACCGUCGACGGCGAGCGCCUGCCCCAGGGCACCAUCGUCGGCACCCCGCACUACACCAUCCACCACAACCCGGCCUACUACCCGCAGCCGUUCGCCUACCAGCCCGAGCGCUGGCUCGCCACCGACAAGGAGGACGGCGGCGCCGAGGACGCCGCGCGCGUCGCGCUGGCGCAGAGCGCGUUCUGCCCCUUCUCGGUCGGCCCUCGCGGCUGUAUCGGUAAGGGUUUGGCGUACCUCGAGAUGAGCAUCACGCUCGCGCGUGUGCUGUUUAUGUAUGACUUGCGCCGUGCCGGUGGUGUGGCUGACCCAGGUGAGGGGGGGCGCCCCGGUGCGGAGUGGGGGCGUGAGAAGGUGGGUGAGUUCCAGUUGAUGGAUACGUUUACGAGUUUGAAGGAUGGGCCGAUGGUGGAGUUUAGGCGGAGGGAGUUGUGAAUUCGGGGCGUGUGGGGUGUGUGAGUGUGUAGGUUGAGGGAAAGAGACUGAUGGGAAUCGGGGUGGAGUCGCAACUUUGGGGUAUUGACUUUGCGAUGAGUGUACAUACCGCGUUCUG